AUGGAGAUGCUGCCACCACCACCACCAAGCAUGAACUUGUGCUUUGUGUCUGAACAAAUCCAGCAGCCAUCUAUGAAAUUUUCUGAAUGGAAAUUCAAGCUGUUCAAAGUGAGAUCACCUAAUAAGCUACUUCCUGAUGACAGUCAUCUGGCUAACAAUGACAAAGGCAAAGAGGCAGCUUCUCUGGACAAUGUCACAGAAGAACAGGCUGAUGUGACAACUUUAUUGUCACAAGAGUCCUUAGGAACAGACACUGAAUUCAACAAUAGCAUGCAGACAAGAGAUAAAAAUGUCUUUUGUGUGAACCAAAGAGAGACUGAAGCUCACCAAGCAAAACUGCAGCACCUCUGUCGUGUCUGUGGAGGCUCAUUUAAGACUGACCCUUACAAGAGAAGCCACCCAGUUCAUGGGCCAGUGGAUGAUGAGACACAAGCCCUUCUAAGAAAGAAAGAGAAAAGGGCCACAUCCUGGCCAGAUCUUCUUGCUAAGGUUUUUAAGAUAGAAGUGAGAGGAGACAUUGACACAAUCCAUCCUACUAAUUUUUGCCACAACUGCUGGAAUGUUAUUCAAAGAAAAUUCAGCAAUGCUCCAUAUGAUGUGUAUUUUCCAAGGAAUGGCACCAUGGAGUGGCAUCCCCAUUCAUCAAGCUGUGAGGUUUGUGGCACUUCUUUCCAUGGGGUCAAAAGAAAGAAGCAAGCCCUGAAUCCACAGCUGAGCAAAAAGAUCAAGAUCGUUGCUGGACAUACUAGAAAAAUAAGGCAUGUAAGGAAUACAAAACAAGUGCACAAGAGUUUAAUGAAAAAGAUUGCCAACUGCAACAAGAUACAUCUCAGUACCAAGGUCCUUGCAGUAGACUAUCCUGUGGAUUUUGUAAAGUCAUUCUCUUGCCAAGUCUGUGAUCAUAUCCUGGCUGAUCCAGUAGAAACAACUUGUAAGCACUUAUUCUGCAGAGUCUGCAUCCUUAAAUGCCUCAAAAUAAUGGGAAGUUAUUGCCCAUCCUGCCGCUAUCCAUGCUUUCCAACUGAUUUGGUGAGCCCUGUGAAAUCCUUUCUGAGCAUCCUCAACAGUUUGGCUGUGAGGUGUCCUGUAAAAGAUUGUCAUGAGGAGGUCCUUCUGGGAAAAUACUGCCACCAUCUUUCCAUCCACAAAGAGGCCAAAGCCAAAGAGGGCUACGUGUACAUAAACAAAGGUGGCCGUCCAAGACAACACUUACUUUCAUUGACCCGGAGAGCACAAAAGCAUCGCCUAAGAGAACUCAAGUUUCAAGUCAAAGCUUUUGCUGAGAAAGAAGAAGGGGGAGAUGUAAAAUCUGUGUGUCUAACAUUGUUCCUACUGGCUCUGAGAGCUAGAAAUGAACACAGGCAAGCUGAUGAGUUGGAAGCUAUGAUGCAAGGGAAGGGAUCAGGCCUUCAUCCGUCUGUUUGCUUGGCAAUUCGAGUCAACACCUUUCUUAGCUGUAGCCAAUACCAUAAAAUGUACAGGACUGUAAAAGCGAUAACAGGAAGACAGAUUUUUCAGCCAUUGCAUGCUCUCCGAACAGCUGAAAAAUCCCUCCUCCCAGGUUACCAUCCAUUUGAGUGGAAACCACCCUUGAAAAAUGUGUCCAGUAACACAGAAGUAGGCAUUAUAGAUGGGCUCUCAGGCAUACAGCAGUCGGUUGAUGACUACCCGGUAGACACAAUUGCGAAAAGAUUUCGAUAUGAUGCAGCUUUGGUUUCUGCCCUAAUGGAUAUGGAAGAAGACAUCCUUGAAGGGCUGAAAACUCAAAACUUGGAUGACUAUUUGAAAGGCCCUUUCACAGUGGUGCUUAAAGAGUCCUGCGAUGGAAUGGGAGAUGUCAGUGAAAAGCAUGGCUGUGGCCCACCUGUCCCUGAGAAAGCUGUUCGAUUCUCUUUCACACUCAUGAGCAUCACUGUAGCUCAUGACAAUGGAAGUGCAAAGAUUUUUGAAGAAAAUAAGCCCAAUUCAGAGUUGUGUUGCAAACCUUUGUGCCUUAUGUUGGCUGAUGAGUCAGACCAUGAAACACUCACAGCCAUUCUGAGCCCUCUUGUGGCAGAAAGAGAAGCCAUGAAAAACAGUGUAUUGAUACUUGAUAUGGGUGGGAUCCCCAGAAUGUUCAAAUUUGUCUUUCGGGGCACUGGAUAUGAUGAAAAGCUUGUCCGUGAAGUAGAGGGCCUUGAAGCCUCAGGCUCCACUUACAUCUGCACACUUUGUGAUGCAACUCGCCUGGAAGCCUCUGAGAACUUGAUCCUCCACUCCAUAACAAGGAAUCAUGCUGAAAACCUAGAGCGCUAUGAGGUGUGGAGGUCGAACCCCUAUCAUGAGACUGUUGAUGAGCUACGUGACAGAGUGAAGGGUGUAUCUGCCAAGCCUUUUAUUGAGACUGUUCCUUCAAUAGAUGCAUUGCACUGUGACAUUGGCAAUGCAGCUGAGUUUUACAAGAUAUUCCAGUUUGAGAUUGGUGAAGUAUACAAAAAUUCUGAUGUAUCCAAAGAAGAGAGAAAGAGAUGGCAAUCAACACUUGAUAAACACAUUAGAAAGAAGAUGAACUUAAAGCCUAUGACAAGGAUGAACGGAAAUUUUGCUAGAAAGCUCAUGACCAAAGAGACUGUGGAAGCAGUUUGUGAAUUAAUAAAGUGUGAUGAGAGACAGGAAGCCCUUAGAGAACUCAUGGACCUUUACCUUAAGAUGAAACCAGUAUGGCGGUCAUCAUGUCCCACCAAAGAAUGUCCAGAACUAGUAUGCCAGUACAGCUUCAACUCUCAACGUUUUGCAGAGCUGCUGUCCACAAAAUUCAGUUACAGAUAUGGGGGAAAGAUUACAAAUUACUUUCAUAAAACUCUUGCUCAUGUUCCUGAAAUUAUAGAAAGAGAUGGUUCCAUUGGUGCUUGGGCAAGUGAAGGAAAUGAGUCUGGAAACAAGCUAUUCAGGCGCUUUCGAAAAAUGAAUGCCAGGCAAUCAAAAUGCUAUGAAAUGGAGGAUGUCUUGAAGCACCACUGGCUAUAUACUUCAAAACUAUUGCAAAAGUUCAUGAAUGCUCAUAAUGUGUUGAAAAGCCAGGGGUUUACAAUAAAUUCAGAGCAGAGUGUGGAAGAUUUCAUGACUGUGGAAAAUUCUUUAGAAAUUACUGAUUCCAUGGAAUUCUAA